CGCCAAGCGUCCCGUUGAUAAUGACUUGUGGAUCUGUGGAGGUUAAGUAACCAUGUGCGAAAUAGUGACCAGUACCAUCAGCAAAGAUGCCCCUCAUUGUCGGUCUACGCUGUUUCAUUCGUCCUGUUUCAAGCAUAUGGAAAUGUUUCCCAGCAGUUAAUCAUGCUAUCGGGUAUAAUGUGAAAACAACACCAGUUCGUGUCAGUUUAUAUCAAAAUUAUUCCAGCCAGAGGUCACCAGAGGCACUUAAGGUCGUCACUAACGAAGAGGAAAAUGGUAGAGUUGACCAGGAGAGCUUCAAAGAUAAUUCACACCCUGUGUCAUUGCCUCCACCAUCAAAGGAAUUACUAGACAGUUUAAGUGAUGCCCAGAUGAAACAUUACAAGGAUAUUGUAUAUGCAUAUGAAAAUCACUGGAGAUUUAAAGAUAUAAUGGUACCUGCUGCUAUGACAGAUGCAAACUGGAAAAAGCUCCUGGGAUCAGGGAAAAAGAAUAUAGGGAAAAUAUUAUCAGGGAUACACCAUCGGACAGAAAGAAAACGUUUGAAAAAAGAAAAUAAAGAACCAAAAGCACGGGACGAGAACACAGUGCAUGGAAUAAGUGUACCUAAGGAGAAAAUAAGAAAGACCUAUACCAUUCUAAACACUUACAGAUCGAUGGAAUAUGGACCAGAGCUUGUGUACGACCUCGGAUUUAAGUCGGACGCCUCUCCUUCUCACAUCUUCAGGGAAGAAUCGCGUAUCAGAAGGCAGCUUAUGGAGACAAUACACACUAACUCAAAACAGAGAUUCCCAUUUCACUUAGUCUUCUGUAAUGUAAAUGAGAGAAGUCGCAGCAUGCUGGAAGAAGUGGCUGCCGACGUUCCAAUAACCAUCACAGACCGUGGGUACUUGGACAUGUUUGACAGGUGUGAACUGGUGUACCUAUCUCCAGAUUCGCCAGAGGAACUCGAAACUUUCGACCACAAUCAUGUGUACAUUGUCGGUUGUAUUACAGAUCUGGAAACGAAGCCUUUCACAAAGCUAAAGGCACAAAAGCAUGGAAUCAAACAUAAGAAAUUCCCUAUCAAAAGAUACUUGGGAAAUACAACAACCAGUCUCCUAACGUUGAAUCAAGUUUGCAAUGUACUUUACGAUUUGAAAGACACUGACAAUUGGAGGAGGGCAUUGAGACAUGUUCCAGAACGCUUUCAGAAAACACAAGACAACAAACCUAGAUCACAACAAAAACAUUUCAAAAAGUUUAAAAGUUAAAACAUUGGCAUUAUUUAGAUAAUUGUAUGCACCUAGCAAUAAAUAUGUAUUGUAAGGGAGUACAGUUCUAUGUUUCAGUUUGUUACCAUGGGUACUGUGUCUAGAUCUGGGUCUGUAACCAUGGAUACUGUGGCUCAGUCUGUUACCAUGGAUACUGUGUUCUGUUACCAUGGAUACUGUGUCUGGGUCUGUCAUCAUGGAUACUGUUUUUAGAUCUGGGUCUGUUACCAUGGAUACUGUUUUUAGAUCUGGGUCUGUUACCAUUGAUACUGUGGCACAGUCUGUUACCAUGGAUACUGUAGCACAGUCUGUUACCAUGGAAACUGUGUCUUGGUCUGUUACAAUGGGUACUGUAUCUGGGUCUGUCACCAUGGAUAUUGUUUCUUGUUCUGUUACCAUGGAUACUGUGUUUCAGUCUGUUAACAUGGAUACUGUGUCCUGGUCUGUAACCAUGGAUACUGUGGCUAAGUCUGUUACCAUGGAUACUGUGUUUCAGUCUGUUACCAUGGGUAUUGUGGCUCAGUCUGUUACCAUUGAUACUGUAUCUAAGCCUGUUACCAUGGAUACUGUGUUUAAGUCUGUUAACAUGGAUACUGUGUCCUGGUCUGUUACCAUGGAUACUGUGGUUCAGUCUGUUACGAUGGGUAUUGUGGCUAAGUCUGUUACCAUGGAUACUGUGUCUUGGUCUGUUACCAUGGAUACUGUGUCUUUAAUUGGUCUGUUACCAUGGAUACUGUGUGUUAUUCUGUUACCAUGGAUACUGUGUCUUGGUCUGUUACCAUGGAUACUGUGUCUUAACUUGUUAUCAUGGACGUUGUGUUUCAGACUGUUACCAUGGAAACUGGAUACAAACUUUCAAGUCACUUUAGAUUCUGGUGUUUGUGUGUGUUGUAGAAAGGAGGACGUAAUCCGAAGUAGCAUGUAUCUUCAAGUUUUUAUUUAUGUGUAGUACUUUACAAUACAGACCUAGAAAAACCGAUGAAAUCAGUACAAUAUACUGUUAAUAUUCACGUAUAUAGUGCACAAUUUUUUUCAAAAAAAUGACAAGUGAAAAAAUCCACUGCGCACUAUAUGCAGGAACGAGCCUUUGCCGGUCAGAUGCAUCAAUGUAAUCGUUUCUCUUGACAGCAGGAUUAUGGUUUAAUACUUGAUAAAUAAAGCAUUUAGUAAGUAAAUAUUUAACAAAUAAUCAAGGAAAUAAAUAGUUAUUUUGGUGUUUAAUUUCUAUAAAUUUGUGUAUCUAUCGGUAGUUACAUGGAUUAAUCUGAGUCGAUCGUGAGCCACACACUCUGCACACAUGCGAUCUCACUUGAACAAGUUGCCCUAAUCAGGUAAGGUAUCUUUACAGUCCUUAGACAGCAAGUGAGUGGUAGAUCUAGAAUAUCAGAUACAAUGAUAUAAUCAUAUAUACAUAUUACAAAUAUUGUAAAAACGAAUCAAACGUGACUGGUGACAUGCAUUCCGUUUGUAGGUCAAGGGUACGUACAACAAAUACAGUUAAAUGAAACAAAAAUGUACUACAUUUGUAGCCCAAUGACACUUAGGUAUACGUGUAACAAGGUCGUUUUUUUUAGGGAAUAUUUUGGAUAUAGAUCUGUUAGAAUUUUGGGUAAAUUUUAAAAGAAUCUAUUCUAUUUCACAUGGGCACUGUCUUUUCCAUUGUUGGAGUACAGGUACAUGGACAUUGCAUGUUUCUUCUCAAAAAUGGAUUCAAAUUUUGAAACAAAAGUUUUUUUGCACAACUACAUAUACCUUAUUUUGAUUGUAAAAUACUUGUAUUUAAACUUUCAGCCAUUUUUUUUCUUAACUCAAAUGAUUGCCUCCUUGUGAUUUUCAGGACGGCCUCAAUAGUGUUAACAAGCAACAGCUCACAAGCUUUCAUUUAGAUAUGUAGUAUCUGUAAAAUCUUCAACAGGCAAUCAGGCAAAAUAAUUUGAUAUUACGUUGUAUUUAUUCAAACUCUAAGUGAAGUUUAAAUAAAAUAAAAUAUAUGUAGUCUGA